UGCUCCCUUGCAAAAUAAUCAAUUACAGUAAUCCCAUUGUUAUUCAAACAAUGACAUAGUACACCUUGUUUUUAUUUAAGCCUCCCCUUUAUUUUUUGAGUCUUCAAGAAGGGGUGGAAACUUGAGAUAGUGUAAUGGAGAGAAAAGGAGGAGGCUCAGUAAGAUAGGGAUCAGUUAUUCAUGUGGGACAGACGGAGGGUUGAAGUAGACGUAGAGUUUAUUAUGUGAUGCGUGCGAAGGAGAACAUCAUGAUGGUUACAGCGUGUUCAGGAGAGAAGAGGCGAAGGAAGGUCCCAGGCUGUAGUGCUCCUCCGCCCCAGUCCGAGCCUGAGGAUGGAAGCAAUACUUCGAUGACCUCCUUUGGCCUGUCGGUCCGGGGCCUCCCCCUGGCCUUGGCUUCCAUGACACAAGUCACCGCCUCAGACUCGCGCUUCCACCCUAAAUGGCGUGCGAUCACGGUUGCGACCCUACUGGCUUUAGUGCUCAUGCUAUACCUGAACCGGACGGUAGGCAGCAGAAACGCUGCUCCGAGAGGUGACUAUCGCAACGGGGUUCACAGUUUGCAAAUGCACAGCGAGGGUGAGGGGGACCUCUUCAGGGACAUAAACAGACAAGCUGCACGAAGCCCCCCCCGCCACCAGAGAGGGUUAAGACCUUACAACGACACGUACCCAUUAAGUCGGCCGGAGAAGACAGAGCACGGCGUCCGCUACCGCAUCGCUGUGAUCGCAGAUCUGGACACAGCGUCGCGCAGCUCUAAGGAUCAGACUUGGUUCAGCUACAUGAAGAGAGGGCACCUGACGGUCUCAAACAGCGCCGACAGGCUGGAGGUGGAGUGGGACGCUGAGACGGUCACGCUGGAGAGUCAUCUGGCUGAGAAAGGACGAGGUAUGGAGCUGUCUGAGCUGGUGGUGUUCAACGGGCACCUCUACAGCGUGGACGACCGUACAGGCGUGGUGUACAGGAUCGAGGGCAGCCAGGCAGUCCCCUGGGUCAUAUUACCCGACGGGGACGGAUCCGUCUCCAAAGGAUUCAAAGCAGAGUGGCUGGCGGUGAAGGAUGAGCACCUUUAUGUUGGCGGACUGGGGAAGGAGUGGACCACCACCUCUGGGGAAGUCGUCAACAAUCACCCAGAGUGGGUGAAAGUUGUCGGUUACCUUGGUGACGUGCAGCACGAGAACUGGGUGCCGCACUACAAUGCCCUGCGGAGCGCCACAGGGAUACAACCACCAGGCUACCUUAUCCAUGAAUCAGCAGCGUGGAGUGAGCGUCUGCAGCGCUGGUUCUUCCUCCCUCGGCGCGCCAGCCACGAGCACUACGAGGAGGCAGCGGACGAGCAGCGUGCCACCAACCUCCUGCUGUCCUGCCCCGCAGACUUCAGCUCCAUCACAGCGCGGCAAGUCGGACCGCUCAACCUCAUCCGCGGUUUCUCCUCAUUCAAGUUUGUCCCAGACACGGACGAUCAGAUCAUUCUGGCCCUGAAGUCAGAGGAGUAUGCAGGCAGCCUCGCCACCUACAUCACUGCCUUUACGUUAGAUGGCCAGGUGCUGAUGCCCGAGACAAGGAUAGGGAGUGUGAAGUUUGAAGGGCUGGAGUUCAUUUAAAGUGUGUGCAAGGUCUAAAAGAUUAAGGAGUUGACUGAAUACGUGCAACACUCUUGUUUGAAGUUCUUUGUAUGACAUUCCCCUCGUUUUUACUGUGCAAUAAUGACACAAAGCUAUACAUUUCAUAAUUAUAUUGUAUAAGAGCAGCAAGAGAGGGCAACAGGGAAGGAGAGUUCAAUCACCAAGAGAGACUGAAGUUGAGUAAUACAGUUUAAGGUUUUAAAAUUAGGCAUUACAUAUAUUCCUGAUGAGUCUAGGUCACACAAACUUUAUGAAACCCCAGGUAGUGUGGAUCUCCUCCCCUGCAACCAAACGCUGCUGCUCAGACACUCAGGAGGAAAUAUUUUUAAGGGAUGGAAAUAAAUGUCCUUUAAUUACUUGAAAUAUCCAACUUACUCAAUGCUCUGUGCUUUAUCUUACCUGAUCAGACACACUGAAAACUCUGCUAUAGGAUUUAUUUCUGAUUCAUAAACUACAUGUGAUAUUUUCUCAACCUCACAUUUCUCACUUAUUUUAAAUAAACUGAAUAUUAUAAGCUUCUCAGGCCAGUAUGUGAAGCACCAGCUAUUUUAUUUAAACAGUAACGGUUCCUGUAAUCAUUUUGUAUCCUCUCAAAUACAAAUAUUUAAAAUAUAA